UGUAGUACAAUUAGGAGAAAUGAAACUGGACUGCCUUAUUCGCUAAAAUUGGCUGGCUAACAAGCUAAUCAUUAUUCAUUAUUGUAUGGGCUUGCUCUCCAGAUGACACCGUUUCGUAUACAAUAAGUUAUAGCCUAAUCCGUGUGCCAUAACUGCGGGAUCAGAUGCCUUCAGUAUGCCUCAGAAGCUCCUGAAGAGUGCCCAUUACAUAGAGCUGGGAAGCUACCAGUACUGGCCUGUUCUUGUACCAAGAGGCAUCCGCUUGUACACGUAUGAACAGAUUCCAGUUUUCCUGAAAGAUAACCCCUACAUAACCGAUGGGUACAGAGCCCAUUUACCAUCAAAGCUUUGCAUAAAAAGCCUUUUCAUCCUGUCCAAUGAGACGGUGAACAUCUGGAGUCACCUGCUGGGCUUCCUCCUGUUCUUCUCGCUGGGAGUGUACGACAUGACAGCAGUGCUGCCGGGUGCUGGCGCAUCCAGAGAGGACUACGUCAUCUACUCCAUAGGGCUCUUCUGCUUUCAGGUGUGCAUGCUGUGCUCCGUGGGCUAUCACCUGUUCUGCUGCCACCGCUCAGAGAAGACCAGCCGCCGCUGGAUGGCGCUGGAUUACGCAGGAAUCUCCAUCGGGAUUCUGGGCUGCUACGUCCCAGGGGUCUUCUACGCCUUUUACUGCAACGGCUACUGGAGGCAGGUGUACCUGAUCACAGUGCUGGCCAUGAUCCUGGCGGUCUUCUUCGCCCAGAUCCACCCCCAUUACCUGUCGCAGGAGUGGCAUCGGCUGCGCUCCGUCAUCUUCUGCUCCGUGGCCGGAUACGGUGUCAUUCCUGCCACCCACUGGGUGUGGCUCAACGGGGGCUUCAGCGCCGUCAUCGUCCAGGUGUUUUUCCCUCGUGUGAUGGUGAUGUAUCUGAUAGCUGCAGCGGCCUUCCUCUUCUACAUCACGAAAGUCCCAGAGCGCUACUUUCCAGGACAGCUGAAUUACCUGGGUGCCAGUCACCAGCUUUGGCACAUCCUGGUGGUGGUGAUGUUUUACUGGUGGCACCAGACUGCGGUGUACAUAAUGCACUACCGCCAUAGUCACCCCUGCCCAAACUACCCCCAAAGCGGCUAGCGGUCCGUGGCUUCCUCCCAGCCCCACACACAGCGCCUUCGGAGAAGAAUUUGCACAGCCGGUUAAGUUCCCAGCCAGUCUGAAAUAUUGGCCCGAUUUCACCGUAUGUAUUAGUGGUUUGUUUUGCAGCAGUGCUGCUGGGUUAAACAUACAUUUUAAAAGCACUUGUGUGUG